UCUUCUCUUCAGUAGCACCACAUCACAGAAGAAAAAUGUACGGGAGUGCAAGAACAAUCAGCAAUCUGGAAGGCAGCCCUUCCAGAUCACCGCGUUUGCCAAGGUCUCCUCGUUUGGGCCACCGAAGAACAAGCAGUGGGGGAGGGGGAGGGACAGGCAAGACUCUGUCUAUGGAGAAUAUCCAGUCCCUGAAUGCAGCCUAUGCUACGUCUGGACCCAUGUACUUGAGUGACCAUGAAGGGGUGGCAUCAACAACUUACCCAAAGGGCACGAUGACUCUGGGCAGGGCCACAAAUCGAGCUGUGUAUGGAGGCCGGGUCACAGCCAUGGGGAGUAGUCCCAAUAUUGCUUCUGCUGGGCUGUCCCACACGGAUGUCCUUUCGUAUACGGACCAACAUGGAGGGCUGAGCGGCUCCUCCCACCACCACCACCACCAGGUACCCUCCAUGCUGAGGCAGGUAAGAGACAGCACCAUGUUGGAUCUUCAGGCCCAGCUCAAAGAACUGCAGAGAGAGAAUGACCUCCUACGCAAGGAGCUUGACAUUAAGGACAGCAAACUGGGGUCUUCCAUGAACAGCAUCAAGACGUUCUGGAGCCCCGAGCUUAAGAAGGAGAGAGUCUUGAGGAAAGAGGAAGCAGCUCGCAUGUCUGUCCUCAAGGAGCAGAUGAGGGUUUCUCAUGAAGAAAACCAGUUACUGGAUGCCAGAAGAACCAAGCACCUGCAACUGACCAUCCAGGCCCUUCAGGAUGAGCUGCGGACCCAGAGAGACCUCAACCACCUUCUGCAGCAAGAGAGUAGCAACCGGGGAGCCGAGCACUUCACCAUUGAGCUGACAGAGGAGAACUUCCGCAGGCUCCAAGCUGAGCACGACAGGCAGGCCAAGGAGCUGUUCCUUCUGCGGAAGACAUUGGAAGAAAUGGAGCUGAGAAUCGAAACCCAGAAACAGACUCUCAAUGCCCGAGACGAGUCCAUUAAAAAGCUCCUGGAGAUGCUUCAGAGUAAGGGCUUGCCGUCCAAAAGCCUUGAGGACGACAAUGAGCGCACACGGCGGAUGGCGGAGGCUGAGUCUCAGGUCAGCCACUUGGAAGUGAUUUUAGACCAGAAGGAGAAGGAAAACAUCCACCUGAGAGAGGAAUUGCACCGAAGAAGCCAACUUCAGCCGGAACCAGCCAAGACCAAGGCUCUCCAGACUGUCAUCGAAAUGAAGGACACAAAAAUUGCUUCAUUGGAGCGGAACAUCCGGGACCUUGAGGAUGAGAUCCAGAUGUUGAAAGCCAAUGGUGUGCUUAACACAGAGGACCGGGAGGAGGAGAUCAAACAAAUUGAGGUGUACAAAAGCCACUCCAAGUUUAUGAAGACCAAGAUUGAUCAGCUGAAACAGGAACUUUCUAAGAAGGAGUCAGAACUUCUUGCCUUACAAACAAAGCUUGAAACCCUUAGCAAUCAAAAUUCAGAUUGCAAGCAACACAUUGAAGUGCUUAAAGAGUCGCUUACUGCCAAAGAACAGAGGGCUGCCAUCCUUCAGACCGAGGUAGAUGCACUGAGAUUACGGCUGGAAGAGAAAGAAUCUUUUCUCAAUAAGAAAACAAAACAGCUCCAGGACCUCACUGAAGAGAAGGGCACCCUAGCCGGAGAGAUCCGCGAUAUGAAAGAUAUGUUAGAAGUAAAGGAAAGAAAAAUCAAUGUUCUUCAGAAAAAAAUUGAAAACUUGCAAGAACAACUUAGGGAUAAGGACAAACAACUGACCAACCUGAAAGACAGAGUGAAGUCCCUGCAGACAGACUCCAGCAACACUGACACGGCUCUGGCCACACUGGAGGAGGCCUUGUCAGAAAAGGAGAGAAUAAUAGAGCGCUUGAAAGAGCAGCGGGAGAGAGAUGAUCGGGAGAGACUAGAAGAGAUAGAAUCUUUUCGAAAGGAGAACAAAGACCUCAAAGAGAAGGUCAAUGCUUUACAGGCUGAGCUGACAGAGAAAGAGUCUAGUUUAAUCGACCUCAAAGAACAUGCAUCUUCAUUAGCUUCCGCAGGACUGAAGAGGGACUCCAAACUGAAGUCUUUAGAAAUAGCCAUUGAACAAAAGAAGGAGGAGUGUAACAAACUGGAGGCACAGUUAAAAAAGCAAGCUGAACAGUUGUUCAAUCAGAUGUAUAAUCCAGCUCAUAAUAUUGAAGAUGACUCCAGGAUGAACCCCGAGUUUGCAGACCGACUGAAACAGCUCGACAAGGAAGCAUCUUACUACCGUGACGAGUGUGGCAAGGCUCAGGCAGAAGUGGACAGGUUGCUGGAGAUCCUCAAGGAGGUGGAGAACGAGAAAAACGACAAAGACAAGAAGAUCGCCGAACUUGAGAGGCACAUGAAAGAUCAGAAUAAGAAGGUGGCCAACCUCAAGCACAACCAACAGCUGGAGAAGAAGAAGAAUGCCCAAUUAUUAGAAGAAGUACGCCGGCGAGAAGAUAGCAUGGUUGACAACUCACAGCAUAUGCAGAUUGAAGAGCUGAUGAAUGCCUUGGAGAAAACCAGGCAGGAACUGGAUGCCACCAAAGCACGCCUCGCCUCUACCCAGCAGUCUCUGGCUGAAAAAGAAGCACACCUGGCCAACCUCCGGAUUGAGAGGAGGAAACAGCUAGAAGAGAUCUUGGAGAUGAAACAGGAAGCACUACUUGCGGCCAUCAGUGAAAAAGAUGCAAACAUUGCCUUGCUGGAGUUAUCUGCCUCCAAAAAGAAAAAGACCCAGGAGGAAGUCAUGGCGCUGAAGCGGGAGAAAGACCGACUGGUGCACCAGUUAAAGCAGCAGGUGGGGCGUCCUGCACGCCAGACCCAGAAUAGGAUGAAGCUGAUGGCAGACAAUUAUGAUGAAGACCAUCACCAUUACCACCACCACCACCAUCACCACCACCACCGGUCUCCUGGGAGGUCACAGCAUUCCAACCACAGGCCCUCUCCGGACCAGUUGUCAGAAGGGUUGGCUAAAAGGAUAGCUCAGCACUGCAGCAAUAUCCUGAUAAUCUAUUGCAGCCUGGUUCUCCUCGUUGCCCACCAGCGGCCACCGGGCAGCAGGUCCGAAAGGAAGGGGAAUUGAAUUUUCGCCUUUACUUUCCCGCUCAAUUCUGUCCUCCUUGAUUGCCCAGAUUUGGGUGUAAGAGAAAGACAGAGUACGAAGAAGAAGAAAAACAACUCCUUCAUUUUCUAUCAAGGAUUCGGACCUUUACCAAGUGAGCUUCUCUGCGGAAAGCUGUGUAGCGAGUUAUUCCUGUUGCUUUGCCUCUUGGAUACAGGGGCACUGCACGAGAUUCAGAGUGCGGCUUCCGCGUCCGUCCGACAGCUAGCUCUGUCUCCCAUGGUCCUGCUGGUCAGCCUAAGUGGUCCUAACACAUUAGAUUAUCAGACAAUCUCAGCUUGCUGUGAGCGAGUGCUGCUGCUGGCGUUUGACUACCAUGGCGCAUGGAGUGUUUGA